AUGUCUGCUCUGAAGUGUCGUUUCUACGAGAAUCAAUUCCCAGAUGUGGAAGAAACUGUUGUUGUUAAUGUAAGGUCCAUCGCUGACAUGGGAGCUUAUGUCGUUCUCUCUGAGUAUAAUAACAUAGAAGGAAUGAUUCUUCUGUCUGAAUUGUCUCGUAGACGUAUCAGGUCGGUGAAUAAACUUAUUCGUGUUGGUAGAAACGAAUGUGUUGUUGUGAUUCGAGUCGACAAGGAUAAAGGAUAUAUUGACUUAUCCAAAAGAAGAGUUUAUGCCAAAGAUCUUCUACAGUGCGAAGAUAGACAUGCUAAAGCUAAGGCUGUAAAUAGCAUUCUUCGUCAUGUGGCUGAACAAUUAGGUUACACAUCCGAUAAGGAACUAGAGGAGUUAUAUAAUAAGACAGCUUGGUACUUUGACCGUAAAGAAAAGAGAAAAGCUGCAGCCUAUGAUGCUUUUAAAAAAGCCAUCAGCAAUCCUGAGAUUCUCGAUGAAUGUGACGUAAGCAGCGAAGUAAAAGAAAAACUUCUGGAGGAUAUUAGAAAAAAACUCACUCCUCAAGCAGUCAAAAUUCGAGCUGAUAUUGAAGUUUCUUGUUUCGCUUAUGAAGGAAUUGAUGCUGUGAAGGAAGCAUUGAUCGCUGGAAAGCAAUGCUCAACUGAGGCUCUUCCUCUUAAGAUCCACUUGAUUGCUGCUCCCCACUUCGUCGUUACCACUCAAACUUUAGAUAAAGAGACUGGAUUGGAGUCUGUUCAAAAAGCUUUGGAUGUUAUAAAAGAUCUGAUUGAAAAGAAAGGAGGAAAAUUCGCUAUAAAAGAAGAAGCAAGAGUUAUCUCUGAUUUGGACGAAGCUGAGAUGAAACGAAAACUCGAGCUUGCUGAACUUGAAGAGGAAGAUGAUAGUGAUGACAGUGAUGAGGAAGAAAGUGAUGAGGAUGGCAUGGUUGCUCCUAAAGGUCUGGACCAACAGAUGGACGUGGAAGAAGCUAGUAGAGAUGCCAAAAGAACUGCCCAAAAAGAUGAAGAGAGUGAUUGA